AUGAGCGACUUCCGGGCGCUGGACGUGGACCAGUACGACGAAGAGGCGCUGCGCGCCACGGACCUUGUUGUGGACGACCAGAGGUCCGCACAGGAGCUUCUGAGCAUCGCACAAGGAAAGCAGAACGGCGUGCGCUCGCGCCUGGCGAGCAACGAUAUCGGAGGUGCUCUCGGCGAGGUGCUGCGCGACGCGCCGAGCGGUACGCAUGCGGACGAGGCGAAGCGUGUGACAUUUGCGCUGCUUCUCGAGAUCCUGAAUGCUACGCGCUCGUCCGACAUUCCCGCGGCGGUCAAGGGCCUCGAUCUGCAGGAAAAGGACACGCUGAUGAAAUACCUCUACAAGGGCCUUGCGCUCGGCGGCACGCGCGCGGGUGCGGCAGAGGGCAUCAACUGCGCCGUGCUCCUCGGCUGGCACGAAAAGCUGACGCAAGUCGCGGGCACGGGCUGCAUCAUGCGCGUCAUGACCGAUCGCCGGUCGCUGUAG